AUGUCAACUUUCAGCCCUUCCAAGAUCCUCGUAGUUGGCGCGACGGGUAACAUUGGCGUCUUCAUCACCGACGCCUUGUUGGACGCCAGCCCGCCCUUCGGCCAAAUCACCAUCUUCACAUCGCCCGCCACGGUAGAAAAGAAGGCGUCCUUGCUCGACGGCUGGAAGAAGAAGGGCGCCAAGAUUGUCAGCGGCGACAUCGACGACGAAGAACAGGUCAAGGCCGCCUACAGGGAUGCCGACACUGUCAUCUCGGCGCUAGGCAGGGAUGUCAUCGAGAAGCAGAUCGACCUGAUCAAGCUGGCAGAGGAGACCCACUCCGUCAAGUGGUUCUUCCCCUCCGAGUACGGCACAGAUAUCGAGUACAACUCGAACAGCGCCCACGAGAAGCCCCAUCAGAAGAAGCUCAAAGUGCGCAAGUACAUCCGCGAGAACGUCCGGCGGCUCAAGUACACGUACCUGGUCACGGGUCCGUAUGCUGAUUUUUUCUUUAAACUCGCCGCCGUCGCCCCGGAAGCCGGUGGUUUCGAUUCGGCAAACCACAAGGCCAUUCUGGUUGAAGACGGCGAGGGCAAGAUCGGAUUAAUCACUAUGAAGGAUGUCGGCACGACUCUGGUCGCCUCGCUCCGUCACCCCGAUGCAUCCUUCAACAAGGCCCUCAAGGUGCAAUCCUUUGUGACGACGGGCAAGGAGAUCGUGGCCGAGUUCGAAAAGCAAACCGGCGUCAAGUGGGACGUGACGUACUCGUCGCUGCAAAUGCUCAGGGAGGCCGAGGAGAAGGCAUGGGCCGAAGGUGUGCCGUUUGCCACCAUUUUCACUCUGCGACGCAUUUGGGCCGAGGGCAGCACGUUGUACGACAAGACGGACAACGAGACAAUUGGACUUGGGCCCGACGACGUUGAGACGUUAGAGGUGGCCGUCAAGCGAGAAUUAGAUUCCAAAGCAAAGUUGUAA